CAGCCCGGCGCCUCCGAUCAGCUCCUGCAAACCCUCCACAAAGACGAGCUCCGGGUCUCGCCCUGCGUCAUUCGUCUUUCCGGGGGUUUUAAACGGAGUGAGUCCUCUCGCUCCUCUCGCUCCGGGUGCUUGUGUCUGUGAACGUCUGGUCUCUGCAGGAAGAUGAAGCUGGAAACGCUCGUGAAGCUUCUGCCCUGCGUUGUGUUUUUCCUUCCUCACGCACUGCGCGCUCAGACAGCGCUCCCUCCUGAAUGUGCGCCGGGGGGGCACUCCAUCCUCCAGAACCCCUACCGCAGCGCCACCUUCAGCUCCAGCUGGCUGCAGCAGUCGGCCCUGCAGGACUUCAUCUGCGACCACUCCCUCACUCCGGGCUGGUACCAGUUUCAGAUUUUUGACAAGCCGGCCAGCAUGCCCACUCAGUGCGUGGAGGUGAACCACUGUGGGACCCAGGCCCCGGUGUGGCUGUCCCUGCGUGAAGGGGAGUCCUUGCCCGGGCCUCUGGAGCUCCGGCAGCUAACAGCCUGCGCCGCCUGGCAGUUCUUCCCGAGCAGCAGCAAAGACUGCUGCCUGUUCCGCAUCCCGGUGACGGUGCGCAACUGUGGAGACUUCUACGUCUACCUGCUGCAGCCCACUCAGGGAUGCAUGGGAUACUGCGCUCAAGAGACGUCAGACACUUUGCCCGUGGCGUCGCUGACCUGUGGCCCCGAGGAGGAGGACGUGGACGGAGCAUGUAGAACCGAGCAGCCUCCCUCUCCCUCAGAGCCUGUGAUCGUGUCGGAGGUCAGCGGUAGCUCUGUCUACCUCAAGUGCAGCUUCGACAGCAGCUCCAGCAGCUCCCUGGGCUUCGUGGUGGCCUGGUCCCGUCUGUCCCCUGAGGGCAGGAAGGACGAGCUGAAGCAGGAGACCACCAUCCAGACCUCGGCCUUCAUCGAGCUGGACGGGUUCAACCUCCGCCUGGGGGACAAGAUUUACUGCUCCUGUUCCAGUUUCUUCUUGGAGUCUCCGGACGUCCGUGGAGCUUCAGUGGAAAGUCGGGAGUUCUUUGCUGGGAUUAGGCUGAUACCGGAGGUGAGCGUGGUGUCUGAGGAUGGGAAGCUGUACGAGUUGGUGGUGGAGAGCUCGGUUCCUGUCCCGUGUGUGCAGGAGACGUCCUCCACCUCUCAGCAGUGCUCUCUGCAGCUGCAGCUCAGCACCAGCAGCCAAGACGGGGGGUGGCUGGGUGCCGAUGUGUCCCUGUCCUCCUGUGUGGUGGAUCUGCCCCGUGGCCCCUGCAGAGUCGGGGUCUGCAGCCGAGCUCUGAUCCACUUCAGCCCCGUCACGGACUUUGUGAAAGACGGAAACAGGACGACUCAGAUCUCCGUCAAACCCAUCGUCACGCAGAACUUCCUGUGGAGCGGAUACUCACCAGAACCCGUUGAGAUCACAGUGGAGGACGUUCCCUCGGCCUACUGCUACUCCUUCACGGAUCCUCACAUGAUCACAUUUGAUGGCAGAUACUAUGAGAGCUUCCAGAUCGGCACCUUUGUCCUGUACAAGAGCAGCUUGUGGCCGUUCGAGGUCCACGUGCGUCAGUGGGAGUGCGGCGGUGUGGUGCACGCCGCCUCGUGCGUGUGCGGCUUCGUGGCGAGGGACGGCGGCGACGUCAUCGCUUUCGACAUGUGCAACGGGGAACUGGGCGAAACCAAACCUCAUCUGUCCGUGAAGAACCGAGACCUGAGCAGGAGCGGCAUCCGCAUCACGGAGUCCUACCAGGGACGAAAAGUCACUAUGACCUUCUCCUCUGGAGCGUUUGUCCGUGCAGAUGUUUCCGACUGGGGGAUGAGUCUGACAGUCAGAGCCCCCGGGUCAGACCGGGGUCACACUGAGGGUCUGUGUGGGACCUACGACGGACAGACGGACAAUGACUUCCAUGCAGCAGGGGGCGCCACACUGAGGGACCUGCACGCUUUUAUCUCCGAAUGGAGACUCCCUCCAGGAGGCAGCCUGUUCGACACCCUGCCGUCCCACCUGAGUGCACCGAGCCCCCGCAGGUACUGUACCUGUCAGGCAGAGCCCCGCCUGGCCUCCUCCAGAGCUCGGCUGCAGACGCUCACAGCCCCGGACCCCAGCUGCUCUCAUCAGGGCAACCUGCACGUCCUCAGCGUCAUCCCCACGCUGGACGUCACGGCCGAGUACAUCGGCUCAGUGGAGUUGCUCAGAGGCAACGAGAGACAGAUGCUUCCUCCGGGUCAACAAGCCCACGAUCACGGUGUUGGCUCCCAGAGGCAGCAGCUCAGAGGGAGGCGGCAGGCCCACCGUUACAUUUCUAACCCCCCGCACCAGAGCCUCAGCCAGGCGGACUUGGAGGGAUUUACCUACUUCUUCCCUGAGGACCACGAACCAGCAGCUCAACUGGACUCUUCCCCAACGUGGCCCACACCGUCCGGCCUCACCGAGCCUCAGGCCCGGGCCCGGUGCCAGAGGGCUGUGGCUCAAUCGAGCAUCGUGAUAGGCUGCGGGCGCCUGAUAGAGAGGUCCCUGAUGGACCAUGUGGUGGUUAUGUGCGUCACCGACCUGCAGCUGAAGGACGAGCUGUCGUGGCUGAACGCGACCUUACCGCUGCUGGAGAACGAGUGUGAGAGGAGGCUGGUGGAGGAGAAGAGGAGGGAGAAGGAGCAUCAGGACGUACUGGCCGCCCUCAAGUGUCCCAGUCUGUGCAAUGGGAACGGACAGUGCUCGGAAUGGGGUUGUGUGUGCUUCCCGGGAUUUGGGUCCUACGACUGCAGUGUGCUGUCUGACCAGAUCCCAGAGAUCACCGAGCUGGAGAAGGAGGGUCUGUGUGAUGUGCGACAGGGCGACUGCUCCAGCCUCCAGGUCCACGGUCAAGGCUUCAAGGACUCGUACGAGCUCAAGUGUGAGUUUGUUCAAGAAAAGUUUGUGGAUGGAGACUGGAUCCUGGACGAGCCCCAUUUCAUCCUGGCCACCUUCCUGGAUGUGACGGCCCUGGAGUGUGCACUCCCCCUGGAGGUCAACGGACAUCACGCAGGCCUGGACCAGGACACGGAGAUGAACAGACCUCUGGCCCGCUGGCAGAUCAAAGUGUCCAACGACGGCUACAGCUUCAGCAACGCUAAGAUCCUGACCCUGUACGACGGAGCCUGUCACAUCUGCAGCUUGAACUCUGAAGUCCUCUGCACCCUGAGGGAGAAAACCUGCCACAUUGAGGGCCUGUGUUACAGCGAGGGAGAGUCCAACCCCAGCAGCCCCUGCCUCACAUGCCGGCCCGACUCGUCCAAACACACAUGGUCCAUAGCAGAGAAGAACAAGCCUCCGGUUCUGCAGCCGCCGCCGUCUCCUCUCCGCUCCUUCCAGGGUGAGAACUUCAUCUACCAGCUCCGAGCUCAGGACUCUGAGGGCUUCAGCUUCAGCCUGAUAUCAGGUCCUGAGGGAGCGUCUCUGUCCCCGGCUGGUCUGCUGAGGUGGAAGUCCUCAGCUGAGACCUCAGGCACACAGACCUUCUACUUCUCUAUGAUGGACGACUGUGACGCAGAGACCACAGCGUCUGUGCAGGUGUCUGUGGGAUCCUGUGAUUGUCUCAACGGAGCUUCCUGCGUCUCUAACGUCAACCUCCCUGUCGGCAGCGGAGAAUACGUGUGUGUGUGUCCCAGUGGAUUCAAUGGGGAAAGGUGUGGGGUGGAUAUGGAUGAUUGUAAACCCAACCCCUGCAGACUGGGUCGCUGCAUCGACGGACCAGACUCCUUCUCCUGUGUCUGUCCUCCAGGGAUGACAGGCCGGACGUGUAGAGAAGAUCUGGACGAGUGCGUCUCUCAGCCUUGUUUCCCUGGAACGAGCUGUAACAACACGCUGGGCUCCUUCGUCUGUGGCGUCUGUCCACAGGGAUUCACCGGUGAUGGAAGAAACUGCACUCGUAACACAGAGUCCACGGCGAAGGUUUUAAACACACAAUCAAGAGUCCCACAGUUUUUCCUGAGGCCCAAACCCUCGGGCCCGUCGCCCUGCAGCAGGAGGCCGUGUCACCCGGGGGUUCAGUGCUUUGACAGCACCCACGUCUCCGCGGGGUUCGCCUGUGGACCCUGUCCAACGGGCUUCCAGGGAAAUGGACGAACGUGUGCAGCGACAGGUCAGGGAUCAGUCCUCAGCGGAGCAGACGGUCAUAUUCACAUUACCAGAUCAAAUUCCAGCAAGGAAACGAGUCCCACCACCUCCUCUUCCUCCUCCUCCUCCUCUUCCUCCUCCUCCUCCUCCUCCUCCUCCUCUUCAUCGUCUCCCACCUCAGCCAGACGACCCUCUGACAGGAGGACCAGACCAGAAGCCACCAUCUCCACCGUCAGGAGAGUUUCUGCCACCGACCGGAGGACGACAGUGACUCCACAGAAUCAAACUGGAACAGAAGUGUUUGUCUCCACUGUCCUCAGAGGUCAGCCCAGUGGGGGGGAGCUGACCCCUGAGCUCCUCGCCACCGGGGUCAAGUGGGGGAAACCGUCUCACCGCGUGACCUGCGCCGACUCUCCCUGCUUCCCGGGUGUCCCCUGUGAGCCCAGUGUCACCGGGUCCUUUAGGUGUGGACGCUGCCCGCAUGGUUUCACCGGUGAUGGAGUCGUAUGUAAAGCCGUGUGCAGGUAUCAGUGUGGGAGGAACAUGGAGUGCUCUCUGCCCAACACCUGCACCUGUAAGGAAGGUUACACCGGAUACAACUGUCACAUAGCCGUGUGUCGCCCCGACUGCAAGAACCAGGGCAAAUGUGUGAGACCCAACGUGUGUGAAUGUCCUGCAGGCUACAGUGGAUCCACCUGUGAGGAAGCGAGCUGCGAGCCGCCCUGUCAGCACGGAGGAACCUGUCUGGUCAGAAACCUGUGCACCUGCCCCUACGGCUACGUGGGACCCAGAUGUGAAAUCAUGGUGUGUAACAGGCACUGUGAGAACGGAGGCGAGUGUGUGUCGCCUGAUGUCUGUCGAUGCAAACCCGGCUGGAACGGACCGACGUGUAACUCAGCUCUGUGUAGCCCCGUGUGUCUGAACGGAGGAACCUGCAUCAAGCCCAACUUCUGUGCUUGUCCCAGUGGCUUCUACGGCUCCCAGUGUCAAAUCGCGGUUUGUAAUCCUCCCUGUAAGAACGGGGGUCAGUGCAUGAGGAACAACGUGUGCUCCUGCCCCGAGGGCUACACGGGGAAGAGGUGUCAAAAGAGUGUGUGUGAGCCGAUGUGCAUGAACAAAGGAAAGUGUGUGGGACCCAACACGUGCUCCUGUGCGUCCGGAUGGAGAGGCAGCAGGUGUAGCAUACCCGUGUGCCUGCAAAAGUGUAAAAAUGGCGGCGAGUGUGUUGGACCCAGCACCUGCCACUGUCCCAUCGGCUGGGAAGGCCUGCAGUGUCAGACCCCGAUCUGUAAGCAGCGUUGCCUGAACGGAGGGAGGUGUGUCCUACCAGAUUACUGCCACUGCCGUAAAGGCUACAAGGGUCUGACCUGCACAGUGAAGGCGUCACAAGCAUGAUGGGAAAGAAGAGAGAGAGAGAGAGAGAGAGAGAG